GGCUUUUCUAUCCUUCUCUUCAACCUUGUAGUUUACUACUCUUCUUCGUUCUAUUCUUUCUAUUCCUUCGGCCUGGUGCUUGAAGCCCCCACGCUCCUUUUCCAAUUAUACACUCCUUUUGAUUCCGACUUGCCAAAAUGCCUUCUUUUGCUCACUAUUUUGGCGCCAGCCUCUUAAGCGUUGCUUACUACGCCUCCUCGGUCGCUGCAACCGGCGUCAUCCUCCCCCUCUACACCUGGCCGAGCGAAGGCGCCUGGGACCCCGUCUACGAUGCGCUGGCCGCAUACCCCGAGGUGGACUUUUACGUCAUUGUCAACCCGAGCUCUGGUCCUGGUGACUCCCCCUCCCGCAUCCGAAUACAUCACCGGCGUCACAACCCUAAACAGCUACGCCAACGCGCACACCGUCGGAUACGUGCGCACGAACUGGGCAGACCGCGAUAUCAAUGAUGUAAAACAGGAUAUUGAUGUUUAUAGCCAGUGGGCGUCGUACAGUGGCGGCUCCACCUCCGGGAGCAGCAAGCGCAGCCGUAAGGCGCGCAGGUACAGGUCUCCCUGCUCGAGUCAGGACGAGACCGAGACAGACACGGAGCCCAUUCCAACCACCAGUCCAACUGGGUUUGUUACCACAACUACCUCUUCGACACCUACUUCCACUUCGACUUCUAUUUCCACGCCGAGCAGUACUUCGAACCCCACAAACCAAAACACCGGCAUCACCCUUUCGGGAAUCUUCUUCGACGAAGCGCCGCAAUCGUCCGACGAUACCCAACUAUCUUACAUGCAAGAAGCAGCCGAAUACGUACAAUCGCACUCCGCAUACUUCCCGUCCGCCUCGAACUCAACCCCAACAGUAAUCUUCAACCCCGGCACAGCCCCUGACGCACAAUACUUCAACUACGCAACACACAUCGUCGACUUCGAGAGCACAUAUGAUGCCUGGCUAGGCAGUGAACAGAAGUCCGGAGCUGGAGGAUUGAUCGACGGCGUCAAUGAGGGCGAUUAUAGCCAGAGUGCUAUUAUCAUCAACUCUGUCCCCAAGGAUGUGGACUAUGCGGCUGUUGUUGCGGCCGCGGUUGACAGGGGUGUUGCCAUGGUUUAUUUGACUAGUGACUUUGAUUACAAGGCCCUAGGUUCUGUUGGGGAUGUUGCAGCGGCCAUCUCGGGAGCUUAAAAGGCGUUGGUUGCCCGCGCUCUGUCCGUAUCAAGUGGUAUUGGUUCCGCUUGUUGUGGUGGGUAAGGAUGAUAGUCCUUGCUCAGGUGUAGGCAUCCUGAGGCAGGUCCUCGUGAUUAGUAAAUUGGAUAGAUACCUUUCUGUACAGAGUGCUCAGCCUUUGUAGUUCUAGAGCCCCGCUCUGCCUUUCUGGUGCCUUGAAACAUCCUCAGUGUGGCCUGAUCACCGUUCAUGCCCAAUAACUUGGACUCGG